CCUGGGUCAGAUGAUCUGCGGUCGUUAGAAAAUCAACAAGAAUGUCUCAUAAAGGAUGCAUAGUGUAUCUCAUUAUAUAUCCGGAGUUUAGAAGUUGGACUUUCGUUUGCUAUACAUUCCUUUAGUAUAUUUAAAAAGACACACAAUUGGCACCAAUAUCAUUAAGACUAUUGCCGGCUUACAGGUGUGUUAUCACUAAUGAUGUGGAAGAUACUGGUUGUGUCAGUUCUAGCUAUGUUGAGACAAGAUCCAGAAGCAAUAACGGUAAAUUGCCCAACCAAUGUUACAUCGAACAACUACGUUGGCUCAACAAACGGCAUUAUUCAAGUUAGAACCGACCACGAAGCCAGUGUGGCAACUGUCACCUGGGACCUACCCAUUGUAACUAACAACGUGACGUCAUCGCCGUAUAAUUCAGGAGACGAAAUACCAAUUUCGGCAAUUCAUGUAAUCACAUUUACAGCCACAGAGUCUUCAGGAAACACAGAUACUUGUGAUUUUGCGAUAUCUGUUAUCG